AUCGCAGCUGCUGUCAAUGCUGCUGGUCGACAUGGGACUUGACAGCAGCAUUGUUGCUGGUAAUAAAUGAGCAUUGUUCCUUCCACUCGUCAAUUGCUGGCAACUGCUGCGACUGGUCGGCUGGGUCACUCUUUCCUGCCUUCCCAACAACAAGCUCUUUCCUCUCCUUCCACUGUUGCCAGUCUCGACCAUGCACCUUCCCCUUGCCUACCUUACCUGACCUUGCAUCACUCCGGUAAAUAUGGCUUCCUCCCCAUCGACCUAGCAUUCUCUGAUGGCAUUCCUCGCAAUUAUUGUGCUUGUUUGAUGGCGUUGUUCUCACUUGCCCCAAACUCCCUCAUCUAUUGAUGAUUAUCGUCUACCUCUUUCUCGAUUGCUCUGGCUCGAAGUGGUGCCGACCAUCGUCUCUCCAGCAGCUGCUGGUACACACGUCAGCAGAGGAACCGUACGGUUGGCAAGCUUCCCUUGUUCCAUAUUCCAUUCACGCCACGACCAUGCGGUGCUACCGAAUCGACUUUUGCGAUCAAUUUCAUCCCACAUUCAUUCAGCACAACCACUCCGCACCAGCCUCCACACGGCAAAGACAUCCCGCCGAUGCUCGACAUCUCCGACUACAUACCCGUCGGCUCCGCCACGUCCCCCUCAAACUCGUGAUGCGAUGCUUGGGGCCCCGCUACCCGCAGCGCAGCUUCAAUUGGUGUUUACUUCUGUGUGGAGGUGGAAGUAGGAGGAAGUGGGUGAGGUCCACGAUUGCUUCAGAGGUGGUCCUCCAGAGGCUGUCUGUACGAUGCAAGUACAAAUGUCACAAAGUCACUGCGAUGCCGCCUUCACUCAAUCCCACUUGUCCCCCUAGUUCCGACUCCUCGAACCGGCGCUCCCGCUCCCGCCCGUCGCCCAUCUCACGUCAAUAGUAACGAGCGCGGCACCAGGAGACUUUCACAGACUGGUUCUCUCCUGGCAAGUGCGUCGCUGAGCCCUUGAAACCUUCGCCAAAGAAGCAUGUCGUCACAACGGCCAGGCUCAAGCGCCUAUGUUGCUGAGGCUUCGGGCAGUGAGCCCAGGGGACGGUAGGUCUUCCAGACUGGCGCUGAGAACCAAUCUCCUCGAGAGUCAGAACACCUGACAUUGAAUAGAUGAUUACCGCCUCGAAUUGUCAACCAAAAGUCUUCUCGGAAGUUGGUCAUGGCUGCGAGAUGUGCCCAAACGCCAAAGAAGCCGGCAGUACGGCAGGCGGCGACAGCGAGUCCAAUCCAAAGUCGAAGAGCUGGCACGAUAUCUAUCA